AUGGCAGAAUCAACUCUGAAUUUCGAAAACUUCUUUAAUAUAAUCAAGGGCGAGUGCCAAACCUCCGACACCACAACGUUUAGCGUUGAUCCUUCCACGGAAUCCAGGCUAUGGGACGUACCUGUGGCCACCAAGCAAGAUGUGGAAGACGCCGUUCGCUCUGCUAAUGAAGCAUUCAAGUCGUGGUCUACGACCCCCUUUGGAGAGCGAGUUGACAAAAUCCUUCAGUGGAAACAUCUUUACGAGCCGCACAUUGAGGAUUUCACCAAGCUUCUCAUAGCAGAGUGCGGGAAACCCCGCCCGGUGGCCGCCGGCGAGGCGAAAGAAAUCCUCGCCCUGUUUGAUCAUAACGUGCAGCUUCGCAUGCCGGAAGAGCGAAUUGAAGACGAUACCCGCAUCGCAAUUACGCGUCAUGUCCCUGUCGGAGUCGUUGCUGCUAUCUGCCCAUGGAAUUUCCCUCUUGUCUUGUCUGUUGGAAAAAUCUUGCCAGCGUUACUGACCGGGUGUUCGAUCAUUGUCAAGCCGUCGCCCUUCACUCCAUAUUCCGCACUGAAAAUGGUUGAACUGGCGCAGAAAGUCUUCCCUCCUGGCGUCGUCCAGAUCAUUGGUGGUGAUGAUUCCAUUGGCCCAGCACUCGUUCAACACCCCGAUAUCAGCAAGGUUACAUUUACGGGAUCCAGUGCAACUGGAAAAAGAAUCAUGGCUUCUGCGGCUGCGACACUGAAACGUGUGACUCUUGAACUGGGAGGAAAUGAUCCAGCAAUCGUCUACCCGGACGUGGACAUUGAAAAAACAGCCCCAGAAGUGGCGCAGGGCUGUUUCGUCUUCUGCGGUCAAGUUUGCGUUGCCACUAAGAGAGUUUACGUGCAUGAAAGCAUUUACGAGCCAUUCCUGAAAUCUAUGGUGGAUGCGGUCUCUCGAAUGGAGGUAGGCAAGGCCGAUAGUCCCAGCACUACAAUGGGCCCGAUGCAGAACAAAAUGCAAUACGAAAAAGUCCAGGAUCUGGUGGCGGAUAGUAAGGCCCAGGGCUACAAGUUUGCUCUUGCUCCGCAUCCCAUUGAAGGGGAAGGCUACUAUAUCUCUCCAAGUAUCGUUGACAAUCCACCUCCGACCGCACGAAUCGUCAUGGAAGAGCAAUUUGGUCCCAUCGUGCCAGUCCUCAAAUGGUCCGAUGAAAGGGAUGUCAUCGCCGCCGCCAACGGAACCACUUCGGGCCUUGGAGCCUCCGUGUGGAGUGCUGACGUUUCUCGAGCCGAGCGAGUUGUCAAAAUAUUCGUGUCUAUCGUGCCUGCCAGCGAUGUCGUCAGCGGAAACUCAAGUGUGAUCCGUGAGUUGUAUGAUGCCUCACCCUCUCCAUCUUCAUUAACAUUCUCCAGGUCCAACUUGUCCGAUGGGACAAGGUCCUCCUGCAUUCAGUGUCUCCGUGCUGGUAAUGAAUGUAUUCUUGCCGGGUCACGGCGCGGGGGCGACUUCUCACGAUUUCGACGCUCACACAGGGAGCAAAGCUCUACGCCAGCCCUCAGUAGGGCUAACAUAGGCCACGGACAGCAUGAGCAAAGUAGAGAUGAUGAAAAAGUAAUCGACGAUCCGAUAUAUGCUGAGUUAACCAAUCCGGGCGAUGCACUCCAGAUUCUUGCCCAACUCGCGGCGAACGAUUCCCGGGUUCCGAAUCACCCUAAUGACUCUACGACCUUCGGUCAUUUCCCGGCGACUCCAUCCGCAAAGCAAAGUGGAACGGAUACUGCCUUCAAUAUGGGCAGUCAGAUUGAGUCUACGCAGCCUCCUGUGUUACAGUCGACAUUGUCUGAGACAGAAACAUUAGUGAUCGGCGUGUUAGGCACAGAUACUGUGGGCCGUCUAAUACAUCACUACGCGGCAAAUUACCAUACUUUCUGUCCGCUCGCACCAAAACAGCUUUUGGCGACGACGGACCCGCGUGGGGCAGCGGUAGACGAGCCGUUCCUGCUGACAGUGCUUCUGACUAUUGCAUCCAAAGACGAACCCGCAUAUAAAGAUAUCCACCAACAUUGCUGGAAGUAUCUCAAGAGGCAUUUGUUGGAUAUACUUCUCGCCACGCCGUCGACUCUAAGGGUCGGGUCUGUCGAAGGUCUCCUGCUUCUGGCGGAGUGGGUUCCUUACAUGCAACUCGAGACCUGUUCCUAUCCUAACAUGUUCCCGAGGAACCUGAGUGCGGUCGAAGAUAAUAUGGCCUGGUCACUCAUCGGCCAGGCUGUAAGGCAUUCUUAUCUCCUGCGUUUAGACAAGGCGUCCUUUCGGGAGACGGCUAUCGGAGAGUCGCAAGAACUCGAGAACCGAAACCUUUUAGCAUGGAUAUUUGUAUAUAUCUCCGAUCGGCAGAUCUCCGUCCGUAUGGGACAGUCAUUUUGGUCGCGAGGGCCAUCGCUCUCAACGAACUUCACGGCGAAUGACUUUCCAAGUCUACGGCUCAGGGCAGAUGCAGAGCACAAAUAUGCACAUGUCUUACAGGCCACCAUUGAGCUCACGCAGCUGCUUCACAACGUGCAUGACACUUUGUACUCGUGCAAGGAACGAACUACUCAAAUGGUUCGACGGGGGGACUACAAUCGCUAUCUAGAUGAUUUUCGCCACUCCAUGUCGGCGUGGAAAGAUCGCUGGGAUGGUCUCGAGGCAUCUCCCAAGCUGAACUGCACUCUGCAUAUCUUCAAGGAGUACGUCCGAUUGUAUGCAAACUCGUUUGCAUUCCAAUCACUUCUUUCCAGGGCAGCUCACCACACCCGUCCUGCGGGAGAAAACCGGACAGCAACUUCGGGGCCAAGGGGAGCCCCCUCGCUGUUUCCACGGGGCAUCAUGUCGACCGCAGAGGGUGCAUAUGUCCUCGAAGCAGUAGAUGCAGCUCGGGGGAUCCUAACAAUAACCGUCCAGACAAGUUCCCAGGCGCAGAUUCGAUACAUGCCGUUCCGCUUUUACGUGUAUACGGUGUACUCCGCUGUCUUUUUAUAUAAAGCAGACGUUUUUGGAACCUUCGUAGGCACAGAACAUACUGAAGUCGCCAACCUAGUGCAGCAUUUUAUACAAGUACUCGAAGAAGCUGCCAUUAGCGAUUGUCAUAUUGCUAGUCGGUUUGCAAGUCUGUUGAAGCGUAUGUGGCUCCCGGACGGGCAAUGCCAUUCUCCAAAGAGAACUGCAUCUUCCGCCGCUGCGAACCAUGCGAAUGUAUUAUCGCAGCACUGCGAACUGCCCCAAAAUACUGAGUUACUCGACGACGGGAUUCGCCAUGAUUUUGCUUCUAGCAUGCAGGUUCCUGAGCCUAUACAGAUUUCCACGCCAUACUUUAAUCUAUUUUGUCCCGAAUUCUCGACUUUAGAAUCGGAAUUGGUUGAAUACGGGCUAGGCUCUCCCGAUUUCCCGCUUUGA